AUGGCAAAGGUUGCUUUCUUUCACCAAUGAGAGAAUGAUUAACUGUCGCGUGUGUUUGACAGGAGGCGACGGCCCGGAUCAGAUGGCGACACCCGCGUUCGGACGAGGAUGAGGAUGCUACGCACGAACACGCACAUCCAUUGUCCUGCCUUUCAAAUCCACCUGCUUCGGAAAAUGCAUUCAAAAUCCUGAAAAGUGACUUUUAGUGUUGGGUUGUAAGGCCGCCGCCGCCGCCGCCAAUAUGUUGAAGUGGACCGGAAAAGUCUGAUUUUUCCACCUGGGGAAAGGAGCAAGAACAGGAGCGAGUGAUUUCUUCACAUAGCGUGCAACGAGCGUUUGGGCGCCAUGGCCUCUGCGGCUCUGGAGCUGAUGGGCUUCUUCCUCGGCCUGCUGGGUCUACUGGGCAGCCUGGUGUCCACGGUGCUCCCUUUCUGGGAGAAUACAGCACAUAUCGGCUCCAACAUCGUGACAGCCUCAGGCAGCACCAAGGGCUUGUGGAUGGAGUGCGUCCAUCAGAGCACCGGGGCCUUCCAGUGCGAGACGUACAAUUCCAUCCUGGCUCUGUCCUCUGACCUCCAGACGUCCCGGGCCCUCAUGGUGGUCUCUCUGGUACUGUCCACCUUGGGCCUGGCCGUCGCCGUCCUGGGCAUGCAGUGCACCGUCUGCCUGGAGGGCUCAGGGGAACUCAAGAAACGGGUGGCGGGCGUCGGCGGGUGCUUCUUCCUGGUGGCCGGCUUCAUGACUCUGGUGCCCGUCUCCUGGAGCACCAACAGGGUAAUCCGGAACUUCUACAAUCCCAGCGUACCCGCCACUCUCAAGUUCGAGCUAGGCGACUGUCUUUACUUGGGCAUAGUCUCAGCUGUGCUCUCGAUGCUGGGGGGCAGCAUGCUGGCCAUGUCUUUCUGUGAGGGGCAGGACGACAGAGGAGGACGCCACCGUAUGGGGAGGCCGUAUGGGGGCGGAGGCUACCCCUACCCGGUGGCUGGAGGUGCUGCGCCGCAGCCGCCGCCGCCGGUGGGAGCCACAAGCCUGCAAAUGGGAGGCCUCAGCGUGAACAAUAAAGGGCGCACGUUGGUUCACAGCGGUAGCGGGAGCUCCGGGGGAGUCCAUGUGAAACCCCUGACGGCAGGAUAUGAUGUCACAGGAUACGUGUGAUGAUGUCACAAAACAUGAUAAUCACGCUCCACCUGUGAUGUACAGUAUGAAUGCUACAGACUGCUUUU